AUGAAGACCGUCUAUACAGCCAUUCCGUUGGCCCUUUUGGCUGCCGUCGCUCAGGCUGACUCGCAAGCCGCCGGAGCCAAACAGUCUCGUGAUCUCGCAAGCGACGACAGUGAGAAAGGAGAUUUUCUCGGGGAUGCUCCCGAUCAUAACUUCCUCGGAAGUGGCUGGAACGAUCCUCACAAGCAUUCUCACGGUGGUCAUGAUGUGCCAUCUGCCGGAGGUGAAGAUGAUGGCGACCUCGCGCCUGGCUUCGUUUCAUCUCCGAAGGACUCCCCAUUCGGCGGACCACACAAUUUCAAUGAACAGGCUGGUCCAGAUACCUUCUCUGGAUUCAACGACAACAAGGAUGGUGUCAACAAUGACAACAUUGUCAUCACUCCAAUCAACAGCUACCAAGCAGCGCAGGCUCAAGAGCAAGAUGAUUAUAUCUUGCCUCCAGGCCAUCCAGGUCCUCCGGACCCUCUUGGUCCUUCAUACGGAGGUCCCGGUCAUGUUGAGCACCAACCUGAGCAACUUCCGCCCCAGCAGCACUCGGAGCCAAAGCAGGCACCUCCUGAGGAACACCAUGAAGGACCCUCUCCUCCUGCCUACAAGCCUGAACCAAAAGAAGUGGUUCCCCAACCGACUCCAGCGCCUUAUACUCCUGCUCCGGUCCUUGUUCCAGCACCAGUCCCAUCGGCUCACGAGUUACUUCCUGAGAGACACGAAUUGGAUCCCCCAUGCCCUGAAGGAGAGGAUGGUAGCCACCCCGGCCCUGAGCCUCAGGGUGCUGAUAGUUACGCAUCACCUGUUGCGCCCAAGGAGGUUUCCAAGCCUUAUCCUGGAGGAAAUCACCCUGAGGGCAACCUUGAAGGGCACCCUGAAGGCCAUCCGGAUGGUUACCAUUCAGUCCCAGCUGGUAACCCGUUCCAGCCGCCUCAGCCGCCUCAGCCACCAAUUGUGCAGCCACCUUAUCCCUUCCCUCAUGCUACUCCUAGUCAUGACGAUGAUGAUGAUGACAUAUAUGUGCCCCAUCCAGGACCUCAUCCUGGCCCUAGCGGUCCUGAGGAUCACGGCAGUUACCCUGCUUCAGCUGGUCAUCCCACUCCUAGUGAUUCUCAGGAGCAUGGCAGCUACCCCGAUCAUCCUCAUCCUGAUAGCUAUCCUGCUCCUGCUCCUGCUCCUACUCCUUACCAAGCUCCUGGCGCAGGUGAUCACAGCGGCUAUCCCGCGCCUGUGGCUUACCCCAGUCCUAGUGCUUUGGAAGGACACGGUGCCUACCCUGACCCAGCACCUUCUCAUGAGGAUCAUCCCCAUGGCUCCUAUCCUCUGCCAGAUCAUCACGACGACUCUGGCUCUGACACACCAUAUCCUGCUCCUGGCGGUUAUCAACCUCCUCAGGCCUACCGCGAGCCUACGCCUGAUCAACCUAAGACUCCAGUCCACCCUGAUCCUGAAACCAAGCCUGAGCCCGCUUACACACCUGGUCAUGAGUACAGUAAACCCCCAUCUCAGCCAUUUGUCCCUCAUCCUCAGGUGACCGCAUCCAAAUACCCAUCCUCGAUCAGCAUCCAGGCAUCUCCAACUCCAUCUUCGGCGCGCCACGCUUCAUACGCACUCUCCUCUCACCAUACAGCAGCUCACUCUACAACUUCUUGCACUUUUACCAGCACUGCUAGCAAGACGGGAGGCCCUAGCACUACUGCCCCAAACUCCGUUUCACCUUCGGCUUUCACUGGUGGUGCUGGUAGUGUGGCGGCUCCUGGAGGAUUUGGUGUGGCCGUUGUCGGUGCUUUGGCUCUCCUUCUCUGA